AGUGUGAUGGAGACGAGCGGGGAGCAGGAGGCCGGACUCCUGGGUCUGGGAGAAGAAGUGUGUGAGGAGGAAGGCGGGCCUUUACAGUUUGGAUUUUGUUUGUUUGUUUUGAGACGGAGUCUCGGUUUGUUGCCUAGGUUGGAGUGCAGUGGCGCGAUCUCGGCUCAUUGCAACCUCCAUCUCCAGGGUUCAAACGAUUCUCCUGCCUCAGCCUCCAGAGUAGCUGGAAUUACAGGCGCGCGUCACCACACCCGGCUAAUUUUUGUAUUUUAAGUAGAGACGUGGUUUCCCUAUGUUGGUCAGGCUGGUCUCGAACUCCUGAUCUCUUGAUCCGCCCGCCUCGGCCUCCCAAAGGGCCGUGAUUACAGGCGUGACCCACCGCGCCUGGCAAGUUUGUUUGUUGUGUUUGAGACGAAGUUUCGCUCUUGUUGCCCAGGAUGGAGUUCAAUGGCGCGAUCUUGGUUCACUGCAACCUCCGCCUCCCGGGUUCAAGCGAUUCCUCUGCCUCAACCUCCCGAGUAGCUGGGAUUACAGGCGCCCGCCACCACACCCGGCUAAUUUUUUGUAUUUUUAGUAGAGACAGGGUUUCCCCAUGUUGGCCAGACUGGUCUCGAACUCCUGACCUCAGGUGAUCCACCUGGCUGGGCUUCCCAAAGUGUUGGAAUUACAGGCAUGAGCCACCGUGCCCGGCCUUUUACAGCUUGUUUACCCAAAAGUCUUAAUAUGCGCCUACCAUGGUGUGGCCCUGGGGAUGUGGCAGGAGCAAAAAUUGUUCCCCGCUCUCUUAGAGCUUCGGUUGAUGCCUGGCAGACAGGUUUUGUCAAAUAAUUACUUCAUUAAUCACAAAUGUGUGAAGGGCCUUACUGUAGACACGCAAGCCUGCGGGACACGUAUCACAAAGCAACCUCCUCUAGUCUAAAGUGGGGCUCGUGGGUCAGGGAGGUGGAAUGUGACAGCUGAAAGCUGAAGAGAUGCCGGGCUGCUAAGGAGUGAGGAUAGCCAGACGCGGGGGGUCACUCCUGUAAUCCCAGCACUUUGGGUGGCCCAGGCGAAAGGAUCGCUUGAGCCCAGGAGUUCGAGACCAGCCUGAGCAACACAGCUGUCUUGAGUCACAGGCCACCUGGAGCAUGGGCUGGAAUCAUGUCAGUAAUGGCCAGGUUUUAGAUUGAUCGCCUUGAGGUAAUCUCUGGAGUUUUGCAGCUGGGUUUCCAUACCUAGUUUGUUUUGAGAUUAGCCCCUGCGGCCAGGCGCGGUGGCUCACGCCUGUAAUCCCAAUGGUUUGGGAGGCCAAGGCCUCGGGAUGUCUCUGGCAGAUGAGCUCUUAGCUGAUCUCGAAGAGGCAGCAGAAGAGGAGGAAGGAGGAAGCUAUGGGGAGGAAGAAGAGGAGCCAGCGAUCGAGGAUGUGCAGGAGGAGACACAGCUGGAUCUUUCUGGGGAUUCGGUCAAGACCAUCGCCAAGCUAUGGGACAGUAAGAUGUUUGCUGAGAUUAUGAUGAAGAUUGAGGAGUACAUCAGCAAGCAAGCCAAAGCUUCAGAAGUGAUGGGACCGGUGGAGGCGGCGCCUGAAUACCGCGUCAUCGUGGAUGCCAACAACCUGACCGUGGAGAUCGAAAAUGAGCUAAACAUCAUCCAUAAGUUCAUCCGGGAUAAGUACUCGAAGAGAUUCCCUGAACUGGAGUCCUUGGUCCCCAAUGCGCUGGAUUACAUCCGCACGGUCAAGGAGCUGGGCAACAGCCUGGACAAGUGCAAGAACAAUGAGACCCUGCAGCAGAUCCUCACCAACGCCACCAUCAUGGUUGUCAGCGUCACCGCCUCCACCACCCAGGGGCAGCAGCUGUCGGAGGAGGAGCUGGAGCGGCUGGAGGAGGCCUGUGACAUGGCGCUGGAGCUGAACGCCUCCAAGCACCGCAUCUACGAGUACGUGGAGUCCCGGAUGUCCUUCAUCGCGCCCAACCUCUCCAUCAUUAUCGGGGCGUCCACGGCCGCCAAGAUCAUGGGUGUGGCCGGCGGCCUGACCAACCUCUCCAAGAUGCCCGCCUGCAACAUCAUGCUGCUCGGGGCCCAGCGCAAGACGCUUUCGGGCUUCUCGUCUACCUCAGUGCUGCCCCACACCGGCUACAUCUACCACAGUGACAUCGUGCAGUCCCUGCCCCCGGUGAGCCCACCGAGUCACGGCCCCUCCCCUGGCUCCCCUGGAGCCUUCCGCCGGGCCCAGACGGCCUGAGCAGCCACCCCCACCAUCUGGCCCCGCUGACAGUAGCACUCAGGAGCUGGGAACAGGGUAGCAUGGGAUGUGAGAGCCAGGGUUCUGCAUCACACCUGUCGGGUGACUGUGGGCAAGAGGCGUGAGUGCCCUGUGCCUCAGUCUCCUCCCCCCACACAUGGGAGCACAGCGCCUGCUUCAUGAGUUGGGGCGAGGGCUCAAUGCAGAUGAAGUCCUCACAAGGCAGGCCUAGCUCACGACAAGCAGCAUCGGGUUAGCAGCUGCUCCGAAGGCCACCGUCACUGGAAAGACACGGAACCCCUGAGGGCUGCUGUGCUGGGGACUGGAGCUUACAACAGAUUGACAUCAGCCACAGGGAGAGACACACGGAGGAGCAGGAGGGGUCCCCAACCUCGGAGCUUCCCGGGUCCUCUCCCUGCAGUCAGGACACAUCACCCUCCCGGCAUCGAUGCCUGACAGCACACACACAGGACCGCCAGCCUGGCGGGGCACAGUGGCUCACACCUGUAAUCCCAGCACUUUGGGAGGCCGAGACGGGAGCAUCA